CUAUUGUGUUGUAUACAAACAACUUCAAGUAGAAGUAAAAUAGUAUCUACAUUUCAACAUUAUAAGAAUUAUAAGAUUAAUAGUAAUUAUUAUAUCCUCAAAAUUGCCAUUCGUGAUUUAACGUUCAAGUUCGCCUCGGAUUGAUGAGUUUUUUCCUUUCUUUGAAGUUUCUUUUGGCUAUUCUCAGGGGGGUUUCCUCUCAAGUUGGUUGCCCAACUCCCCCUUUCAAGAGCCCUUAUUUGUAUCUGUCGGAGUGCCCCUAUGUAGUGUCUGUUUUAACGAAGGACCAUCUCUCUUCUAACUUACUAAUUUUAGACUUGAGUAAAAAUGGGCUUACCUCGCUCGCUGAAAACUUUUUCAAUAAUUCCAAAAAUCUUGAAAAUUUAGUCUUGAAUCAAAAUCAGUUCACCUUCUUGGGAAAGAGAAUAUUUACAGUCCUCCACAAACUUACAACCUUAGCGUUAUCCAGCAACAGUCUCAGUGAGAUUGAAGACGGCUUAUUAGACGGUCUCAGGGAUCUUCAAUUUCUAGAUUUGGCUUACAAUCGACUUACUUCGCUUAACUUUGACGUUUUCAAGGAUCUUGCUCAGCUAACAGGCUUGUUUUUGCAAGGAAACUACAUCAAGUCUUUAUCUUACAGUUCGCGGUUAAACUUAACAAAUCUACUUUACUUAGCUUUAGAAGGAAACCAGCUUUCCUCUUUCGGCGAAGAUUUCUUUAAAGCUUUCGUUAAUUUGGAAGCUCUGGGGCUCCACAGCAACCGGUUUUCGUCCCUUGAUGAAUUCUACUUCCGGCAUCUGGCAGCGUUAAAGACCUUAUACCUGUUUAAUAACUCUAUUGAAAUGAUAGCACCAGGAGCUUUUAAUGAACUGCAAGAGUUAACUCUUUUGUAAUAUGCAUUUUAUGCUAUAAAAAGUUGUCGCUAUUGAGUUGUUUUACAAUCUAUUUCACCUUGAAUUGUUAUUAAAGGCAUCUGGGCAUAAUCGACUCUCUACUAUUAAUCCAAGCUGCUUCACAGGGCUUUCUAAUUUAAAUACCUUAUAUCUUUACGAUAACAAAAUCCGGUCGAUUCCGAAAGGCUCCUUUCUUCAGCUAGAUAAGCUGACUGCGUUGUAUCUCUUGGGAAAUACGAUUACAGAGAUCGGGCUUGGAGCUUUCAGCCCACUUUUCAACUAUAACUACCUGAUUCUUACUUUAGAUCACACUUUUCUCUGCUGCUCACGCGCGCAGUACCAAAUUCUUAACUAUGCUGAGUCCACUUGCAGCCAUCACGGGGAGCUAGUAAAGUUUGAUAAGUUUCCUUUGGAGGUGUGUAAUACCUCUCGCUUGAUGACGAAUACGUCAAAGGGUAAAUUGAACGAAGUACUAAAGUCUCACUCUACUGACAACAAAAAAGUCCGGGCAUUUAUUAACUUUGUUUACUUUUUAUAAUCAAUAAAAGUGCAUAUUUGCUGCAUAUCAAAGGUGCAAGUAAGCCAGGCUUUAACCUCCAAAAAAAAAGUGCUAGAAGAGGGGUAUGACAACAAUUUAAAGCAGUUGCCAGUGAAGCUCCAGGGUGUGGACCGUAGGAGACAGUGUCAACGGGAAAGUAGGGCAGGAAGCGUAGACCUGCGACUUUCGAAGGGUCGACACAGAAGAUUAUUUGGACACUUGACCCUUCGUAUCAGAGGAACUGUCUCGCGGUGAUGCCGGGUGAGUUAAUAAAGUGGUGUUGCAGUA